GACACAGCGGAUACCCUAAGCGAUACGUCUGGUGACAUCACAGACAUGGAUGCGGAACCGGACAGCGACGUGGAGCAGGACUUGGACCAAAUGCUUGGAACAUGGCUUGGGGAACUAGAAACAAUGACCAAGUCGAUUGAUGCUGAUUUAGGAGAUUCGUAUCAGAGCAAACCUGCUCCUCUUCCCCCAACGCAAUCAACACUUGGAACAUUAGACAACUUCAGCUUCUCGGCUUUUCAGCUAGCUCAAGACCAAGAUGUCGAUCUCGAUGCUUUACUCAACGACCUCUGUAAAAUGGAGAAUGACCUCAAGCAGAAGAUGGAAGAAUCUGGCGGAGACUCGAGCACCAAGAAGUUAUCGGCGCCACCACCGACAUUCAAACCCACACCGCCACCGGUGGAGACAGACGCCGGCGAUCUACCCCCGCCGCCGCCUAUGCCAGAUGAAGAAGAGGGUGGGAUGAUGGGUGACCUUCCACCGCCACCACCCAUGAACGGUGAAGCGAGGAUGCCGCCGCCGCCAGAGGACUUCCCCGCCCCACCACCAUCAGAUGAAGAUGCGACUACACCGGUGUCGCCAACACCGACCUUAACCCCCACACCCGGUGCUCCAGAGUCGCCCAUGACACCGACGACACCCACACCAAGACACACAGCCCCGGUGCCGGCACCAUCGGUACCGGCACAGAAGACGGUGCUCCACACCCAGCCACCGGCACCAUUAGACUUCAGUGCUGCCAAUGGUAGCGUUAAGACUCUUCCUAAUGUCAGUGUGACGUCACCGACAACACCGUCACCGAGCCCUAUGUCACCAUCUGGUUAUGCAUCAUUUGGAAUACCACCAGAUCAACUUACACAGAGCGUAAGGGUUAAACUCAAGGACCUGGAGUCGCAGUUGGAGCUGGAUCCCAGUCUCUCGGAAGAGGAGAAAGCUGCCAAGCUGAAGUCGGAGAAGAUUAAGAUUGCCCUGGAGAAGCUCAAGAAGGCAAGGGUACAAAAGCUGAUUGUGCGGGUGUACAUGGAAGAUGGAAGCUCCAAGACGAUGUUUGUCGACGAGACGAUGAGGGUCAGGCAGGUCUCUCACAUGCUGGUGGAGAAGAACCACUUGGAUGAGAGACCAGACUGGACGAUCAUUGAGCAGAUUCCAGAACUCCUCAUGGAGAGGACAUUAGAAGAUCAUGAACACCUGGUCACCGACGUGAUGCUAAAUUGGAAAAGAGAAACGACCAAUAGAAUCCUCUUUAAGGAGAGAAGGGAUAAAUAUGCCAUCUUUAAGAACCCACAGAACUUCCUCCUAUCCCAGCAUGCCUCAGAGGUGGCGACGCAGUUUGCCGAGAAGUCCAAGCAGUCGCUCAUCGAGGAAUUCUUCAACGCGGGGAACAGGAUCCCGGAGAUAGAGGGCCCGCUCUAUCUGAAGCAGGAAGGGAAGAAGUCCUGGAAGAAACACUACUUUGUCCUCAGAGGAUCCGGUCUAUAUUACUCCCCCAAAGGAAAAUCAAAAUCUACCAAAGACAUUGUAUGUCUGGUUCAAUUUGAACACACCAAUGUAUACAAUGGAAUGGGAUGGAAGAAAAAAUACAAGGCACCGUCAGAUCAUUGUUUUGCUCUCAAGCACCCUCAAAUUCAGCAGAAAUCCAAAUACAUCAAGUACCUGUGCGCUGAGGACUACAGGACGUGUCAGAGAUGGAUAGCUGGAUUAAGAUUAGCCAAGUACAACAAGGUGCUACUGGACAACUUCAACGACACGCAGCGAGAGAUGACAGAGUACGCUUCGAGUGCGGAGAGUAUGUCGCAAUCAAGCAGUCUGACCGAUACAGCUUCACUAUCAAGCAUGCAGUCUAGUUCUAGCUCACAGAGCUCAGGCAGUCUCCCCGCAACUCAUGGGUCGAGCCCAAGCAAUAGCAUCACCGCCAAUCUCAACGCCCCCCUGGUCUUGCCCCAGAUGACUGCCCAGUAUCGCAAGAGUAGCAUGGGCAAUAUGUUCUCCAACGCCUGGAAACGAGGGCAGGAGGUCGAGACGCAUCACCAGCAUUCAUUGCACAGGGAACGCUACAGCACCCGAUCCUCUUCCCUCCCGUCAGGCAGAAUAUUGGAUGAGGAGCCUGCUCUUGAUAACCGGCCCCAACUCGGCAACCAAACGAAAGCCAAUUCUGGCAACACGUUUGACGACCUGGACGUCCAGAAGGCCUUAAACGACCUGGAGAGCGAGAUCUGUGCUAGCCAACCGUCUAACAAUCCCACCCCACAACCUCCUCCUCCUACAACACAGCAGCAGGCAAGUAGUUCUAGUUCACCUGCAUCCAAAAGUAUCACUGACAAUAGCAAUAACAGUAAUGCCCUAACCCGGGUACAGGUGGUCGCUUUGCAUAACAACGCAAUCUCGGUGACGGUGGCCGAUUCGGCGGGCGCACGCACCUCCACGGCGUCCGAUGAGCCCAUCUGGCAGUGCCAGGCCCCCGUGAGGUCGAGCAUGCGGAGGAGCUCGGACACCCAGAUUGGUUGCAGGGGAACGCAGGGGAUCAUCGUGUCCGGGAGGCAACGGGGCGGAAGCUUGGCCAGUGCAUGCGUCAAGCGGGUCAAGUUUAAAGAAGAGCUUGAGGAGAAGAUACCGGACAAUAGUCCGGGUUUCGAAUCAGAGCAUGACUAUAGUUCCCCGCCACCGUCUCCUCCCUCGCACCCCCCUCCUCUGCUUACUACUAACCCCUCAUCAGCUAAACCCAUUCCUAACCAUUCUGCAUGUUCAUCAUCUCACCUGGAUUGCUUAUCACCUCAGCAGCACACUACUGCACGCUCCCCCAGUCCUCCCCCACCUUCUUUCUUUACCCAAUGCAUGGCACAAACACCCUCAACCAGUGACUCCCAUACCUCCUAUUCACAGCAGCUAGGAGCUCAAACUCAAUCCAGUGACUACCACCACCCCUACACCCACACUGCCACCGCUACCAGGGCCCAGCAAGAUGAUAUCGUCUAUGGAAGGCCCAUGACCUACGCCGGGGGACCGGAAAACUACCACGCGCAGCCGCAGGGUAACCAGGAGAUCGUCGCCAAGCAGCAGAAGCUGAUGGAGCUGCAGCAACAGCAGCAAGAGCUGCAACAGGAGUUGCAGCAUCAAAAGCUGCAGCUGCAGAAGCAGCUUCAGCAGCAGCAGCAAGAGCAGCUCAAGCAGCAGCUGCAACACCAGCAGCAGCUGCAGCAGCAGAGGCAGGAGCGAAGACAGCAGGAGAUGCAGAGGCAGGCUUCUGAACGAGCCUACCAACAACAGCAGCAGCAACAGGUUCAGAGACAUAUGUCGAUGGAGAGAUCACCACCGCAGCAACCGAUGCAGAGGCAUGUGUCCUUUGAUACAAGUACAUGUAGGUCACCGCCAUCACCACAACCACAAAUUCAGAGGCAUGUUUCUUUUGAACGGCCUCAGCAACAACACCAGCAGCAGCAACAGGAGCCACAGGUUCAGAGACAGACAUCAGUUGAUCGGGCACAACAGGGACAGAACUUGAGGCAAGCCAAUCCUGUCUUUCUAAAUGAACUCAGUAAUGCGCUUAAACCCAGACAACCUGUUCCAUUGCCUGGCAACAGACACACGAUGGCUACCACCCAACCUUCACAGCAACCCCAACAGCCUAAGUCUCCACCCCGAUCUCCAGCCCACCACAGCCAACACUAUCAACCCCAAUCCAACUCCUCUCCUUCCUCCUCGUCCCCUCGCCAUCAUUACCAGUCUCAGCAGUCCCACCCUCCCACCAGCCACCAACCUGUCGGUCAGAGUUACUCCCAACCCUCGCCACAACCACACUCCCAACUUCAGCAGUCUUUCUCUCAACCACUCUCUCCCAAGCAACACUCCCCACAGCAUCAGUCUUACCACCAGCAGUCCCCCUCCCAUGCCCAUGUCAACAUCCGAGACAAGCCCCCUCCAUCGCCCAAACCCACCGUGGCAAACAAGGUGCCGCCCCCAAUGUCUCCUAAGCCCAUGUCGCCAAGACCCUCAGUUGCCCAGAAGCCAGUUGUCCCUCGCCCGAUAGUCUCCCCAAAACCUGGUGCCCAAGUGGACAGGCCUUUCCCCAUGUCGCCCAAGCCCUCUCCGAAGCCCUUGCCCAAACCCAUGCCCAAACCAUCCCACGUAAACAAUGUGCUCCCCCAAGGCAACGCCUACCCUCCCAACUCAUACGGUAUGCCCAUGAGCCCGAGCAACUCGUCCAUGAGCUCAACGUCCACCCCCUCCCCGUCCCCCUCUUCCAGUUUCAGAUCGCCCCCAUUCCCUAGCAACAACAAUGCCCCACCCCAGAAGGCUUCAAGACCCCCUCCCCCUCCAAAGAGAAGUGACACCACGAGGUUAAGCACUGUGGGAUCACCAACUAAAGCCAAGAAGAUACCCCCUCCCCCACCCGCAAGGACCACUUGAAACUUUCAUCCUACCCCUCCCCCCUCCCAACCCCCCACCCCCCACUCCCUGCACCCUGACCAUUCCUUAUAACCAAAUCUUCCUGUAUUGUUUUCAUAUUGCUACAGUGUAAUGUUGUGCCGUGAUCCGUUGUCAUCUUUUUCCCCCUCACUUCACCCCACACAACCCAUUGAAACCUAGUCUCACCCUUUCAACAAGAACCUUCCAGCUUUCAUGACCGUAUACCUCAGAAUUCCAUGAAGCCCAACCGUUUGAUGUGAUCCUGCCUGUUUAUUGUGCUCUUAUAACCAUCACAAAAAAUACAAAGAUGUUUUUCAUUUAAAAGAAGAAAACAAAUCAUUUGUGCAAGAGUGAUCUAUAUAUUGCAGCACUCAAAAGAGCUCAGUAUUCAACUCACCCCAUUUUAAACUCUGGCAACAAAACAAAUUUUGAAGCUUACACCUGCAGCAAGAUAUUACAUCAUUUGCACGGCUAUUAAAGAGUGUGGAUUUGGUAGAAAAGGAAUAUAACCAAUAUCACAAAUUUAUCAUUUAUGUAAAUGUAUAGGUUGUUUUGUACUCAUUGAUUAGAUAUAGAACUAAUAGUGUUAUUUUUUAAAAGAGAUAUUAUUAAUUUAUAAUGAUGCACCCAUUGCAAUGUAUAGUUAUUUACUCAAUACACUGUACUCACAUGUACUUGCCAUUUCUGUUCACAAAUGUGCAAUUUUAACAAGGUAUACAGGUUUUGUAGAUCAGUGAUUCAGUAAAGAAUUCUUGAAUUUUGUUGAAAUCGAAAGUUUAAUGAAAUGUAAAGAGAAUGUAAUUGCAGCUUGGCAAAUGGAUGCCUGAUUUUUUUUUUUUGCAACAGAUGUGAGACCAAAUCAGGCUGAUUUCUUGAUGCGGAAGUUAGGACUAUUUCUAUUUAUUUAUUUGUGUUGUGAAUAAAAUUUGUUAUUAUAUUAUUUUUGUAGAAAAUGAAACCUCAAGUUUUGUUGGGUUAUAUUUCAGUAGAAAAUAUUUUUAGUUACUGUUUUGCUAUUUUUCAAAUGUUGAAUAAUUUUAAGAGGACUUGAAUGUCAUCAGAAUGAAUAUUGAUAUGGGCUUUCUCAAGUUCCCUUUUUUGCUCGAACCAUUCAUCAGAAAUAUAUGGGU